CGCAGCGCCGCGCGAGCGCUAGUCAUUGCUGAAACCAGAGACAGCUUUAGAAAUACUGCAGAUCCGAUCAGAGAGAAAUGGCAGAAAUCGCACCCGCCCCCGCUGCUGCCGCCCCGGCAAAAGCGCCCAAGAAGAAGUCCGCUGCGAAAGCCAAGAAAGCAGGUCCAGGCGUCGGCGAGCUCAUCGUCAAAGCUGUGUCCGCAUCCAAGGAGAGGAGCGGCGUGUCCCUCGCCGCGCUGAAGAAAGUGCUCGCUGCCGGCGGCUACGACGUGGAGAAGAACAACUCCCGCGUCAAGAUCGCCAUCAAGAGCCUGGUGACCAAAGGCGCCCUGGUACAGGUCAAAGGGACCGGCGCCUCGGGCUCAUUCAAGCUCAACAAGCAGCAAGCCGAGACCAAGAAGAAAUCGGCUCCUAAAGCGAAGAAGCCCGCGGUCAAGAAACCCGCUGCUGCCAAGAAGCCCAAGAGCUCUGCGGCAAAGAAGCCCGCCGCCAAGAAAUCGCCCAAGAAAGCCGCCGCUAAGAAAUCGCCCAAGAAGGCCAAGAAACCCGCCGCCACGGCCGCUAAGAAGGCCACGAAGAGCCCCAAGAAGGCAAAGAAACCAGCAGCCGUUAAGAAAGCAGCCAAGAGUCCCAAAAAGGCAAAGACUGCUAAACCUAAGGUGGCAAAACCUAAAGCCGCCAAGCCUAAAAAGGCAGCGCCCAAAAAGAAGUAAAGUUCACUGUUUGUUCCUCAACGGCUCUUUUAAGAGCCACCCA